AUGUACAGCGGUGUGCCACACACACACAGAAACACAGAAGCACGGAAGCACGGAAGCACAGACGCACAGAAGCGCAGAAGCACAGAAGCACAGAAGCACCACAGAAGCACCACAGAAGAAGCAGAGAAGAAGCACAGAAGAAGCACAGAAGAAGCACAGAAGAAGCGCAGAACAAGCACAGAACAAGCACAGAAGAAGCACAGAAGAAGCACAGAAGAAGCACAGAAGCAGCACAGAAGCAGCACAGAAGCAGCACAGAAGAAGCACAGAAGAAGCACAGAAGAAGCAGAGAAGAAGCACAGAAGGAGCACGGAAGCAGCACAGAAGAAGCACGGAAGAAGAACAGAAGAAGCACAGAAGAAACACAGAAAGAGCACAGAAGGAACACAGAAGCACAGGAGGAACACAGAAGCACAGGAGGAACACAGGAACACAGGAGCACAGAAGCACAGGAGCACAGAAUUCACAGAAACACAGAAACACAGAAACACAGAAACACAGAAACACAGAAACACAGAAACACAGAAACACAGGGAAACACAGGGAAACACAAGGAAACACAGGGAGACACAGGGAAACACAGGGAAACACAGGGAAACACAGGGAAACACAGGGAAACACAGGGAAACACAGGGAAACACAGGGAAACACAGGAGCACAGAAGCACAGAAGCACAAAAGCACAGAAGCACAGAAGCACAAAAGCACAGAAGCACAAAAGCACAGAAGCACAGAAGCGCACAGGCAAACAGGAUGCGCAGACACGCAGACCUGCAGACACGCAGACGCGCAGACACGCGCGCACGCACACGCGCACACGCACAGGCGCACACGCACAGGCGCAGACGCACACGCGCAGACGCACACACGCACACACGCACAGACAGAGACACACACACACACACAGACACAGACACAGACACAGACACCGACACCGACAUCGACACCGAGACAAAGAAUCGCAGUCAGCAACAUCGUUGUCCAUUCAUUGUCACGAAAGCUGCUCCUUGGAGCGUGCCGGAGUUGUCGUUUACCAAUCAUUCUCUCGUUGCUUCUCUCUCGCUCUCUAUCUCCUCCCUCUCUCUCCCUUUUGCAAGAUGACACGAAAAUCAAGUAG